UCAAAGAUGGAAACUUCUUAAGCCUAAAAGGAUUUACAAUUUUUAGAGUAAAAAUCUAUUAGUCUCUCAUAAAACUUAGAGUAACUCUGGUUAGAAUUUACUUAAUAAUAAGAGAUGCUUAAAUUAAUUACAUCAUAAAAUCAAUAUAAGAUCCCAAAACAAACAAACAAGUUUAAAAAGGUUAUUAUUUUUGUCAUUCCCUACUUAGAAUUGAAGUAGGUGUUUUAAUUGAGAUUGUUAAACAAGGAGUUUAAAUAGAUUAUAGCAAAGGAAAAAAAAACAAUUAAUAAAUUGAUUAAUCAUCAAAUUGAAAAAAACUAAGAAAAAAUAUAUGAAUUUAAUAUUAUUGAUAAAACCUCAAGAGAGUUAUAUAUGUACAUUGUGAAAUUAAAUUAUUAUGGACAAAAAGUUAAAGAAACUGUGCUUCCAAAUGACUUCUAAUGCAUUUUAAAACAAAUAAGUGAUCCAACUUAAAUAUAUGCAAUUAAAGUUGCAUCUAUACUUCAAUAACCAUAAAAAAAAAUAACAUACUAAAAUAAAAUAUAGAAAGAAAUAUUAGAUAAUUAUUGUAAAAUCGCGUAUCAUUCAAUAAGGUAAAAUUAUAAUAAUUUUGUGGCCGAAUUUGAAAAUUAUCGAUAAGAAAUACUAAGAUAAAAGCAUUUAAAGUAUUUGUAAUCAUUAAGACCGGUUGUUGAUAAUUUAUGA